AUGAAUUCUGAACAACUGCUACAUCACUAUGUUUCGGAUUCCCUAUUGACUGCUCUGGUAAGUUUCCAGGAGUUCAAGCAGCUGCUGCGAUCGUACACGAACGACGAGCAGCAACUACGCCGUUGGUACAAUUCGCUUCAGGCUAGAGACGCGCAGGUGGCCUCUGACUUACAAGCCCGAAUCAAACAGUUCUUUAUAGCGCUGCGCUCUAGAUUACUGCGAUUUCUGGAAAGCGAUCAAAUGUCUCACUCACUUAGCCUCGAGACACUGAUUGACGGAUUGUAUAAGAUUAAUGAUCUGUUGCAACAGCGUUUGCAGAUUCUGGACGAUGCUAUCCAUGAAAAGAUCCUAGAACUGGCACAAUUCGAAAAUAUGGUCCGCUCACCGACCGCCGGAGACAAUGCCAUUCCUGGCCUAUUACAAAUUAUACAAUCUUAUAUCAAUCUAUUAGAGGAGAAUUAG